AUGUCCUCGUCUUGGUGGUCGCACAAUAACUCCGUCAAGGUAUUUCCAUGUGGCUCGGACUCGGUCUCAUUUUGCCCAAUCGACCAGAAAUCCAAUCAGACCAGCCACAUCCCACCCGACGACGCCCCCAGCGGCCCCGUCAGCAGCUUGCGCACAACCUCUCCAAGGGGACCUCCGUUGCCCAGAGCAAGAAUUGCCGGGCUUGCCGGGCUCCGAUGGGGAGAAAAGGCCCACGGACGCGCAGUGUUUGGCCAACAGCGGACGACGACUGGAGACGGCCAGAGGGAUGGCGGUCUUGGCAUUUUGCCUCAGGCCAGUAGCGAUUGA